AUGAAUGUUGUGCUGCGAGAUUGUAACGCCACGACUCCACCAUAUUCAGCACUGUCACUGAUGCUCACAGUCGGAAAUACCUUCUACACCUCUGUUGAAGGCACCAGCAUCUGCUUGCCUACCACAAGUUCCAUUGGCCAGGCAAGCGACAUUGUCACUGGCAGUGGCAGUACAACACCUCUCCGCUCCAAGUAA